AUGGUCGCCUUGGAGGAGGUUGGUCCGGCUGCCGACUUCGGAUCCUUGAGCGCGUUUCUGGGCGUGGGCGUGCCGGGCGUGCCGGUCGCCGAGCGUGGAGCCGACCUUAAGGCGCCACUGCCGCUGCCCACGCCUCCUGCAACAUCCGCCAGGAUUGGCAAGGAUGGUACCCUCAGCAAGAAGGUUGCCUUCAGGAUGCUGAAGCAGCUCGGAUGCGAAGUGCUCUCCGACGAGGAUGGUGAGGCCCGGUACGUGCAGGUGGGCAUCAAAUCUCAGCCGGUCCUCUUCAAGAUGCUUGUGGAGCUGGGCCACGUGCCUCGGCGAGGGGAAGAUGGCGAAUUCAUGGUUCAAGUGGUCGAGCAACGCGGUCGAAAGCCGGAGGAAGUUGUCGCAGCCCUGUCGGCACCCCGGAAGCCGCCUCGAGCUCCCCGGCAGGAGCCCGAAGACGAAGGCUACCCUUCCGUGCCUCGUCCUCGCCUGAAGCCAGAG